CCGAAUUGACAGACUCCGUGGGUCAGCAAAGAACCCAACGGCCAUCAGCGCCGUUCUCCUAUCCCUCUACUGGCUUUAUUGCCUCCUCUGAACCAUCAGAGAUCUCCAUCCCUGCCUGGGGAGCCGAUCGCCGGACCUUGUUUGCCAACAAGGCGAGACAGACAAUCAAUCUGCGCAUCGCAAUCUCAAAUCACCGACCGGGCAGUCUAGCCCAGUCAAUGGCGUUCCAAAAUGAACUCUCUGGAUAGCGCUAGGGUCCCAGUCAACCCCCCCGAUACCCAUACCAGCUCUGCGAAGUCUUACCCAUCUCGCCCAAGCGACCGUCGAGGCUUCGAGAUAGCUAUCAUUUGUGCCUUAACCCUUGAAGCUGAUGCUAUCGAAGCCUUGUUCGAUCAUCACUGGGAAGACGACGGUCCACCUUUCGAUAAGGUGCCAGGCGACCCCAAUGCAUACUCGACAGGCGUAAUCGGCCGCUUCAAUGUUGUUCUUGCGCAUAUGCCAGGUAUGGGCAAGGUUCAUGCGGCCACUGUGGCUUCCAACUGCGGGAAGAGCUUUCCAAGUAUCAAGCUUGCCCUCGUGGUUGGGAUCUGUGGCGUUGUUCCAUUUGGCCCUGCUAAGGACGAAAUCAUCCUCGGCGAUGUCAUUAUUAGCAACGGUGUUAUUCAGUAUGACUUUGGUCGACAGCUGCCUGAGCGCUUCGCCCGUAAGGAUACGUUGCUAGACGUCCCAGGUAGACCCAACUUGGAGAUACGGGGAGUCUUAGCAAAGCUAGAAGGACUUCGACAUCGUCGCCAAUUAAACGCUAAGAUAGAAGACCACUUAGCUGUUCUUCAAAGUGACCCAGAGCUGCAUGCCGAGUAUCCUGGCGCUACGAAAGAUAGAUUAUUCGAGGCGUCCUAUCGUCAUACCGAUGAUCAAAGGUCAUGCGAGCAGCUUAGAUGCAACGGUAAACUUAUGUCACGAAGCCGCCUAUCGACUGCAGACGUCCCUACUAAACCUGCUAUCCAUUUUGGGUUGAUGGCCUCUGGGGAUGUAGUCAUGAAAUCUGGCGAAGAUCGUGACAGGAUUGCCACAGCGGAAGGGAUCAUUGCCUUUGAGAUGGAAGGUGCUGGGGUUUGGGAUAGCUUCCCAUGUAUCAUCAUCAAAGGCGGUUGUGACUAUGCUGAUAGUCACAAAAGUAAGGUCUGGCAGCGAUAUGCAGCAGCUACAGCGGCAGCUUGUGCGAAAGCCUUUUUGGGCUUCUGGAUCCCUUCUGUUACUCAAGAAUCCAGAACUCACUACCUACCGCUGCCGAGGAACAAGAACUUUACAGGUCGCGAGGGAACAAUCGCUGAGCUUCAAAAAGUUCUGUUCACUGAUCUAUAUGGCCAACGGGUCGCCUUAGUCGGUUUGGGUGGCGUCGGCAAGACACAAAUUGCUCUCCAGCUUGCACAUCUUGUGAAGAAAGAAGACCAGGCAGACCGCAACUACUCCGUCAUAUGGAUGCCCGCGUUGAGCAUGGCAAGUUUUGAACAAGCCUGCACCAAGAUGAUAAGCGAUUUUGGCAUUGAACAGAAAGGCGAGGAGACCCCAAAGGACGCUUUUAAGAGUUUCCUUAACUCAGAAAAGGCCGGAAAGUGGUUUCUUAUCAUGGAUAAUGCCGACGAUAUCGAAACUCUGUACGGAACGGCCGAGGCCCCAGGGGGUAUCAACCAGUUUAUCCCAGACUGUGAUCACGGCUACAUUCUUUUUACAACUCGAUCUCGUGAAGUAGCCGUCAGCGUGGCACAAAGCAACAUCGUGAAGCUGUCUGAGAUGAAUGAUGAGGAUGCUAAGGCCCUCUUGAAGGGUUCGCUGAUUGAAAAGAACCAGAUGCAGGACACAGCACUUAUUGACAAGCUCUUGCAAGAGCUCGCCUAUCUACCGCUUGCAAUCACGCAAGCCUCAGCAUACAUGAAAGCCAAUGAGAUCUCAGUCAACGAGUAUCUCCGCCUCCUCCAAAAUACAGACCAGGAUAUGGUGGAGUUGCUCAGUUGUGGGUUCCGUGACAGCACUCACUACGACCCCUCUCAAGGAGCCGUUGCUACAACCUGGAUUGUAUCAUUUAAUCAGAUCCGCGCUCUACACGAAGACGCUGCGACGCUUCUCUCUAUCACAGCCUGUCUUGAGCCAAAAGCCAUACCUCGUGCUUUAUUUCCACCGCUGGGCUCUGAACAAAAAUUGACUCGUGCUAUCGGUACACUUUGCGGAUACAGCUUCUUGAGUAAGCGAGAGGAUGGCGAGACGUUCGACAUGCACAGUCUCGUGCACCUUGCAACACAAAGAUGGAACCAAGACGAUGGACUCGAGAAAGGAAUAUGUCAGAUGGCAGUUGCACAUAUUGCCGAGGCCUUUCCAUGCGAUGAUUGGGAUAAGCGUGAGGUAUGGCGGCAGUAUAUGCCACAUGCACUCAGACUCCUUACAAGCGUGGAUGGCGCCCAUACCGAUGACAGAUGGACAGGCAGUACUUAUACUUGA